UAGCCUAAUAGCCCAUCACAUGCCCCCACUCCACAUGCCUUGAAUGGGCCAUUCGAGGGAUGAUGAGUCUUCCAUUGUCCGACCUAACACGUGCCCUUCGCGCGCAUGUUCUUCGUGGGUAACUGCCCAAGAGCCGUCUUAUCUCCUCGAUCGAGUGGUUAGGCACGAUCUUCACCAAUUCCAUCAUUACUUGUCAUUUUUCCCUAUCUUUUGUCUACGAUAAAUCCACCAUGCCGCCGCUCAACGUCUCUUUACCUCCUCCUGUCAUCCUUUAAUCAAAAAUCUGCUCUCUGGUUUGAUCUCCUCUAUAUUUCCAGGUUAGAUUUUCUUUUCCUGAACGAUAUGUCUUCUGAUCUAGGUUUAUUGGCACCCCUCAUUGAUUUCACCCCUCAAGGGGUGAAUGAACCGUCGUAUCCUGGACAAAUUUUUGAUUCAAACGCGUCACUAGAGCCCGCUUCAUCGUCGGUCGUGGCUCCUCUUCAAGAGAUUACCCUGGCAACCACUAAGAGCGUUGGUUGCAAAAGCGAUACGACUCCCCUGACUCUGAUGUUAGAUCAAGACUUUGCAGACGCUACAGAUAUGGUGGGACCUAUGAUUCAAGUCCUUAGGCCGAGCAAAAUAGCUACGCUCUGGACUCCCCAAAAGGGUUCUUCACUUUCCACCAUCACGACCUCGUGCUAUGUCAACUGGUCCCCAACUCCUAUAGAUACAUGGUAUCGCUCGACGGGAGUUAUCCCCUCCCUUGAACAAUUCAUCUUCCUAUUCAAGUUGACGAAGGGAACGGGGGAAUGGGCUUCAUACGCCUCCUUGUCCCAAAGAUCUAGUAAGCUCUUUACGAGCAAAAAGAAGGGUUCAAAUCAUGAAUAGAAGCCCUUCUUCGUCUUCGUUUCCAUCGGGUUGGAUUCCUCCUUUUUGGCUUUCAAGCGCCCAUCUUUUCGUCGGAUACCAGCGCCGGUCCCAAUAGCCAAACUGUUAUAUGAUACCAAAAAAACUCUGCUAGGGGUGGCCCAUUUGAGGUCGAGAAGCUGGUGACCAAGGAGUCCAUGGAAAACUUUGAGUUCGAGUUCGUCUUUGACAAACAUCGACAUCAGUCAGAACCUGUGAGGGAC